GUCAACAUUCUGGUCCAAUCCGAAACUGCGCUUUCCUCUUGUGGGCGGGGCCAGGAGGGGCGCUCUUUACUGUGCUGAAGCUCAUGCACGCAGUAGAACGAAAUGGCGGUCCCAGCAGAGAGAAUGGAGAUUUCUCAGGGGGAGAGUUCAGCCAAGCCUGCAGCUGAGGACAUGACCUCAAAGGACUACUACUUCGACUCCUACGCCCACUUCGGUAUCCAUGAGGAGAUGCUGAAAGAUGAAGUUCGCACUCUUACCUAUCGGAACUCCAUGUUCCACAACAAGCAUCUGUUCAAGGACAAGGUUGUGCUGGAUGUGGGCAGUGGGACAGGCAUCCUCUGCAUGUUUGCUGCUAAAGCCGGGGCCAAGAAAGUGAUAGGGAUCGAGUGCAGCAGUAUCUCAGACUACGCUGUGAAGAUUGUCAAGGCCAACAAGCUUGAUGACAUUGUGACGAUCAUCAAAGGCAAGGUGGAGGAGGUGGAUCUGCCAGUGGAGGGGGUAGAUAUCAUAAUCUCUGAGUGGAUGGGCUACUGCCUCUUCUACGAGUCCAUGCUCAAUACAGUCAUCUAUGCCAGAGACAAGUGGUUGAAACCAGAUGGCCUGAUUUUCCCAGAUAGGGCAACUCUCUAUGUCACAGCCAUCGAAGAUAGGCAGUACAAGGACUACAAAAUUCACUGGUGGGAGAAUGUGUAUGGCUUUGACAUGUCAUGCAUUAAGGAGGUGGCAAUCAAAGAGCCCCUGGUGGAUGUGGUGGACCCCAAGCAGCUGGUCAGCAGCGCCUGUCUCAUCAAGGAGGUGGACAUAUACACGGUGAAGAUCGAGGACCUGUCCUUCACCUCACCCUUCUGCCUGCAGGUGAAGAGGAAUGACUACAUCCACGCUCUGGUCACCUACUUCAACAUAGAGUUCACCCGCUGUCACAAGAGGACAGGCUUCUCAACAAGUCCCGAGUCUCCCUACACCCACUGGAAGCAGACGGUUUUCUACCUGGAUGACUACCUGACUGUCAAGACUGGUGAGGAGAUCUUCGGCACGAUCAACAUGAAACCAAACGUCAAGAACAACAGAGACCUGGACUUCACCAUAGACAUCGACUUCAAGGGUCAGCUGUGUGAAGUAUCCAAGACCUCAGAGUACAGGAUGCGCUAAGAUCCUCCAUCCCUGUGUUUGUGUGUAUAUGUGUAUUAGUGGAAGGAUAACGAGGCCUGAAUGAGUGUCUCCCUUCAGGAGGUAGUUUCAUUCUCCUCUAAAGCUUCAUUUUAAAGACUGGCUUUUGUGUAAUGUUUCUCGUUCAGAUGUGUGUAUUUAAAAGGUUUUUCAAAUCUUUGGGGCCACGGUGAAUUGGCCUUGUGAUUCAUUGUGCAAUAGUCACUCAAAAAGUGUUUGUCUAAUAUGCGCCAUUGUGUUUCCGCGUUCAGCAUUGCAUUUUGUUUUGACCUAUGCAUGCUCCGGAUCCACAUAUACACACAAACACAAUAGCCCUGCUGAUUUGUCUGUACAUAGUGUAAGUGUUCAGUCACUUUGGCCCCCCCUCUGUAUAGUCAUGCAUCUUCAUGACAUGACCCAGCUACCACCUCCUCCCUCUUUUAUUCGGAUCAUGUUGAAGCCUCCUGUGGCUGUCUGAAGCUCCAUCAGACAAUAAGAUUGUAGAUGGAGAAACUCAGCCAUCAGUGUUGUUUUUUUUUUUGUUUUGUUUUGUUUUGUUUUUUUUGUUUUUGAAGUUUUUGAAGUUAUGAGCAGUUUAGGGGACAGUAUCUUUUAGGCCCUUAACAGUUAAGUUGUGGCUGUAAUGAAAUAUGGAUAGUGACUAUUUUUUGUAUGUCUCAAAAACCCCAUCUCCUCCACUUCUGUAUUGAUCAAUAUAAUAUCAUUGUAUGUAAUUUACUGCACAAAAUACAUUCUGUCCCCAGAUUAUUCCCUCAGCAGUGCUUUAAUUGUCCAUCUCCUAGACUGAUUGCCAGGUGGCAGACAUUUCCAUAGGGAGAGCUUGUCCAUUGUGUCUCCCGAGCCCCAGGCUGUCCUCCCUUAUUGUGUUAAUAUGGGUUUAAUUAGUUCGUCAUCGCAUAGGAACUCGUUACAGCUACAACUAGGAUCCCACAGUUUUCCUUUUUAAGACAUUCGAGUGGGUUUUGUUGAUAGAGUACUACUUCAGUGUUCAUUAUUGCUAGACCUGGGGGGAAAAGGAGGCUUGUUUGGGUGACACUGAUGUCAAAUUGUCACUUGGUUCUCCAGGACUGGUUGAGCCAUUCUGAAUAGAAUUGCAUUAGCUUGCCCAGGGAAGGGAGAGGUAGGACUGACCACACUGUUCAUUUUGUCUUUUUUUAAUUUUUUUGGUCUGCUGCUUUUUUAAAUAAAGACUAUUAAACUGGAAAUUAAACAUC